AUUUUUCUAUCUUCUCGAACGUCCCCGGUAUCAACCAAUCGCAGUAAGGGAUGAUAGCCAAGAUCGAAUGUCAAAUACGAAACAUCGGCUGAAUUUCGAACAUAACUCGGAAGGUCUUCAUUGGACCUCAUAUGGGAGAUCACUUUGUGGUUCACCGUGGUUCACUGUGAUUCAUGCGUGUACCUGCAAUUAUGUGCAUCGCAGCAAAAGCUCGCUGAUUGAGUCUUCAGUUUUACGUAAAGUCGCGAGAGAUUUGAUAAACGUGAGAGAUUUGUUGUACAUUAGAUUGUGAAAUUCAAGACAACGUUACCCGGAAUAAAAUACCUUGUUUGAGUAUAUUUCUCAAUCUAUUGAGAACUUUCUGAUGAGAAUAUUGUAUACUCAGAAUGGCAGGGGUAUUCGACAUUGAAUUGCAUGAUGGAGAUGCUACCAAUCAAGAUGAAUCAGAUGACGAUGUGAUUGAACACAGAGAGGAGGAAUAUAAUCAUGCUGCAACUGUAAGCGCUAUAUUAGAAUCUGAAAAUUUGGAGAGAGUCCAAUUGUCAGAGCAGAAUGUAAAUCCUGGCCAGGACAAAGCUGGCCCACAAGAUUUUGAAUUAUGUAAGAUUCUGGGAGAAGGUGGUUAUGGAAAGGUCUUCCAAGUGAGAAAAGUCACUGGAAAAGACAAAGGCAGCAUCUUUGCUAUGAAAGUACUGCGCAAAGCAUCAAUUAUAAGAAAUCAGAAGGAUACUGCUCACACCAAAGCUGAGAGAAACAUCCUGGAGGCUGUGAAGCAUCCAUUCAUUGUGAAUCUUAUGUAUGCUUUUCAAACUGGUGGUAAAUUAUAUUUGAUCUUGGAGUACCUAUGUGGCGGUGAACUUUUCACAUACCUUGAUCGAGAAGGGAUCUUCUUGGAGGAUACAGCCUGCUUCUAUUUGUCUGAAAUUAUACUGGCACUGCAACACCUUCACAAUCAAGGAAUCAUAUAUAGAGAUUUGAAGCCAGAGAACAUUUUGCUAGAUGGUGAAGGCCACGUUAAACUGACAGACUUUGGUCUCUGCAAGGAACACAUACAGGAAGGCACAGUGACGCACACAUUUUGUGGAACGAUAGAAUACAUGGCUCCAGAGAUUUUGACCAGGAGCGGCCACGGUAAAGCUGUGGAUUGGUGGAGUCUAGGUGCAUUGAUGUUCGACAUGCUUACAGGAAUGCCGCCGUUCACCGGUGACGAUCGAAGAAGAACUAUCGAGAAGAUCUUACGAGGGAAAUUGAGUCUUCCGCAAUACUUGACGCCUGACGCCAGGGAUCUUAUCCGGAAGCUGCUAAAGAGGCAAGUCGUGCAGAGACUGGGCUCCGGUCCCGAGGAUGCCGAGCAGAUCAAGAACCACAACUUCUUCAAGCACAUCAACUGGCAGGAUGUGAUCGCGCGGAAGCUGGAUCCGCCGUUCAAGCCGUCGCUGAAGAGCGCAGAUGACACCUCUCAAUUUGACGAACAGUUCACGGCUACCGUGCCGGUCGACUCGCCGGUGGAAAGUACACUCAGUGAAUCCGCGAACAUGAUAUUUCAGGGCUUCACGUAUGUAGCGCCGAGCGUUUUGGAGGAAAUGUACGCACAGCCAAAGGUCGUGAACGCCAGGAGCCCGCGUAGGGGACUGUUGAGCACAGGUUUCGGCGUAGCCACCGGUCUCCACGGCUUUUCAUCGCCGAGAUCGGCGCUGGACGUUCAUCUGCGCCCGUCGUUAGACUUCCAACAGCACAGGCAUCAUAUGCCCGUGGGACCCAACAGCGUGGAAGACGCCGAGAUGGUGGAUCUCGGUCAACUGUCGAAUCGUUUAUAGUGCCGCGAUGCGUCGCGCGCAAACCAUUAGCUUCUUUUCCGAUGCAAACUAGGAAUGAAAGAAACAUAUAUAUGUAUAGUUGCCUGUAAACGUUUGUUCGCCGAAUCGCUGUUCACGUUCAUUGCUCGUGCCGAUGUAGACGAACAGAUGUAUUUAGAGGAUUCAACAUGUAUAGUAAAAAGCAGCAAAAGUUUGGGUGGUUUCCUUGAUAUCGCGACGUCAGCCUGAACGCGAUCUUACUUAGGCCUUUGACAAUUUCAGGACGGCUUACGCUCGUUUGCGAUGCGAGGAAGCGAAUAGCAUAUGUUUCGUCGCUAUGUAAAUAAACGUGGGUGAUUAAGAGCAAGUACAUUCUUUAGAAGACAGACACAAGUCUAUUUCUAUAAUUCUGGUUCAAGUCUGGUUCUAUAAUUUAUUUUAACUGAAGUUUAACUCGUUAAAGACUCGUUUAGACAAACUUGCAUAAUCACAUAUUGCAUAUGCAUAAAGAAAUCAACUAACCAUAAUUCGUACAGUAAAAGGAUGCCUCUAAUAUUAGACACAUUUUACACAUUAGAUUAGUUAAUUUACUUGUGCAUAUGAAUAAUGUAAGUGUGUAAGUUUGUCUGGAUAAGCCUUUAAUGGGUUAGAUUUUGAUUAAAGUAAGUUGUGAAUUUAGACCUUAGAAUAACUUCAACCAAGUUCUGGUUAAACUAACGGUUAAGCUGCAAAGUUUCAACUGACAUUUUGAACUUCUCUCUCUCAAUUUCUUUUUCAACAGCAAUCUCUCUCGGUUGAAACCUUCCUAUUUAACCAUCCAUUCAUUUAAUCAGUUUGGUUGAAGUCAUAUUUACAGACUAAGAGUACUCAAACAAGCUUAGUGUUCAUACCGCUUUAAGUUGCAUUAAGUGAUGACUGUAAACUGAAAUCUGUAUGCAGCAGUAAGCUUAAGUCAAAUCAAAGAAGUUCAUACAAAAAAAAUCAUAAUGUAACAAGGUCAUGAUGUGUGCAGAUAUUUUAUUAUUUAUAAGGUAGUAUGAAGUGUAUAACAAAUAUUUUAUAAUAAGAAUAUUAGAAAAAAACAUUUAAUCUGAUAAGAUAUUAAUUUAACAACUUAAAUAUUUUUAUUCAUUUUUUUAUUAUAAAAUAUUUGACAAACUUAUAUACGAUAAUGUGCCUGAUGCAAAAUCGCUUUUUAUUACGUUCCGAUUUAUUUGUGCAUUGACUCAAGUUAUAUGCAGACUUCAGUUUAUGACCAGCGCUCAACGUAACUCUUUCUUCUUCUUCGGAAAUUGAUCCGGAGCUUUUGCUCCUUUAAUCAGUCAAACGUAACUUAAAGUGCUAUGGACGUUCUUGCGUGGAGGCUCUAAAUACGAAACACUUAUGAGCAGGAUGCAGUUCAAAUCCGAUGGCUACGCGUCGCAGUAGUAUGAAUAUAUCACGGUCAUAGAUGGCCAAUGAUAGCGUAGUUGACUAGUAAACUAGACGAUUUUUAAUAGUAUAAUUUGGUUUCGUAUAAAAUGACGCAUACUUCAAACAGAUAUUAGAAUCCACAAAUUUGUAAAGAAAUAAUUAUAAGGAAGUGCGACUCAAAAACGAAUAACUUUUGACGAAGAGAAUGUCGCGGCGAGAAGUAUUUUUGUUUCGAGAAUAAAGUCGCGAUUAGGUGGAAUUAGGUUUCUUGAUUUUUUUCUUUUCCUUGAUUAAAUCGAGACAUUGUUAUCUUUUCUGUGCAAUAACUUCUUAUUUCCGAUGUCUCGGAGACAGUUUGCGACCAGUUUAUUUUAAGUGAAACACUGCGCACUUCGAGCGCGAGAAUGUACUCUUCUAAUCUCCAUUAAGUAAUUUUCUUUGCUUUCCACGCAAUAGAUAUCGAAGUAUAUACUUAUGUAAGAGACACACGCUCGGUUCUUGCGACGUCGAUUCUUAUGAUGUGAAUAUUACAUUCCAGUACACGCUUGAUGUACCUUGGAUGUUACGAUAACUUGGAUUCACACUCGUACAAGAUGAGAGACGUCAGGUGUGCUAAUGUAAGUGUUAGGAGCGAGUAAGUCCGAUUAUCUCGUUCCUCUAUUACUAAGCAAUCAAUUCCAUUGAAUGUAGUUUGGUUUAUGCAGCAGAGUGAAACAACCAUUCUGGAAUAAAAUCGAAAAGAAGAAAAGCGAACGAUUAUUGUAUCAUAUAUAUGUAUGUAAGAGUGAAAAAUUAAUUCUGACGAUUGUGUUUAGAGCAACAGUGUAUGUUGCAUUUUAUGGAGCGGCAUUUCUCUCGUAGGAAUAAUCACGACUGCUAAUGUCAUUUUCGGUAGUGUAGAGAAGUAUGAGAUGUUUUCAAUCGUAUAACAUAUAGUGAGUGUAUUCUCUUUUUAUCUAUAUACAUCGAGUCUCGUUGCUAAAUUGUAAUUAACUGAUGGAUUAAUUGUACAUAUAUAACUGCCAAUCCGGAUUCUACUUCCCAAAGUUAUAGUGUCAUAUCACAUAUAGAAGAUAUCCAUUUGCAAGAAACGAUCACGCAAACGAUCACGCAAACAGAUUUCAAAGUGCCCAAGUGUUCAAAAGCCGACUGGUGGCUAGUAUUACAUAUAAUUUACAUUCGUACGUUAAUAUAUAUAAAAAAAUGUAUAAGCAAAAAAAAAAAAACGGAUUGUUACUAGCUAACCGUGUUAUAGAAACAGAAAUAUAGAGUGAGAGAAAUUAUUACUUUUUAAGACCUACUUAAGCGAUGCGCGCCUUACAAGUUAACGAUCUGGCCAAUAUCUGUAAUAUACGUAUAUUAUCGAUGGUCCCAUGUAUCAUCUCGAUGAGAAAGGCAUGUAUACGUUGCACUAAAGCUAUAUACGAUUAUAAGAAUACCAAUAAUAAUAAUAAUAUAUUAACGCAUUUCAUUGAUUUGUAAAAAUGAUAUAAGAUGCAUGCUAUAUUAUAAUAAAACUUACGCAGCGAAUUAA